AUGGUGCAGCCGCCUGGGAGGCUGAGUGCUGGCCGCCUGCUCCCUGGUGGUCCCUGCGUGGCAGCCAAGACCCUGUCCUCUCACGGGCUCCUGCUGGCACGGGGUCGCCAGCCUCUCCUCUCCUGGGUUUCAGCAUUAAGAUGUUUCCGCGGUGGUCAGCAUGGCCGGCCAGCUUGGAUCAGCACAGAGCCCACCCUGGUCCCCGGUGGGAGCAGCAUCGCCCCAGGAGAGAAGGCAUCCCCUCCGACAUUUGCACCAGUAGGACCAGUGUCAUGCAUGAAGAGUUGGAGCUUCGAGGAAACCCAGGACCCUGGAGCCCAGGGCCCAGGGGGACCCGGCUUUGCCACCCCUCUUGCAAUUCUUGGUUAUAGAAACGUGGCCCUCAGAUUUCAAAGACAGCUGUUUGGAACUUCUUGGCAGCGGAAACUCUUGAACAGAAACUUGGAGGUCCUGAG